GGGAAGGGGGGUUCUCUCGUUCACAUUCUCUCUCUCUACCACUCUCACCCUCUCUCUCUCUCUCUCUCCUCACUGGCUGCGCAGCAUCAGCGUCUUAGGUAGACUCCAACGCUCAAAGAGAGGAGAAGUAAGAACAUGACAGAGCUGUCAGCGCUCUGAGAGCUGCAGACUGCCGGCAGACGAGUGCGUUGGCAUUAAAGCAGUGGAUGCUGGGCAGGAGGUCUCAAAAGAAGAAGUAAUCCCUUUCUAGACUCCUCUCUUGGUGCAAGUGAAAGGUCAUCAUGGGGAUGAAUGGUCUCCUAUUUGGCUGUGCGAUUGUGGCCGUGGUCCUCCAGCCGUCCGCCGCCGGCCUGGUCAAGAGGGUCAUCAGGCAUCGCAGAGAUAAUCUAAUGCCGAAGAAGAAUCAAGAGAACCUGACGCUGCCAAACCCUGACCAGCCGGUUGUGUUCAACCAUGUCUACAACAUCAACGUUCCCACGACAUCCCUCUGCUCUGUGGACCUCGAGUCACCUGGCGGCACCGACCCCAAGCACAGGAACCAAAGUCCACUGGACAUGCAGAACACCGAGCACAUGGAGCACACGGUGGAUGGUGACAAUCAGAUCGUCUUCACCCACCGCAUCAACAUCCCCAAGCAGGCGUGCGGCUGCAACAACCAGCUACCUGAUCUGAAAGACAUCCUGAACAGGCUGGAGAUGCUGGAGUCUGAACUUUCUAGCCUGAGAGAGCAAUGUGGCACCGGUGCCGGUUGCUGUGGAGCUCAAGUUGCUGGGGAAGUCGCCACAAAGCCCUACUGUAACGGCCGUGGGAACUGGAGUGCUGACACUUGCAGCUGCGUAUGCGAGCCGGGGUGGAAAGGCCCCAACUGCACAGACCCUGAGUGCCCCAAUGAGUGCCAGGACCAAGGCCGCUGUGUGGAUGGAAAAUGCGAAUGCUUUGAGGGCUUCGGUGGUGACGACUGCAGCGCUGAGCUGUGCCUGAUUGACUGUGGUGACUAUGGCCACUGUGUUGAAGGGUCUUGCCUGUGCGAGGAGGGCUUCGUCGGGGAGGACUGCUCUCAGACCACCUGCCUCAACAACUGUCUUGGUCGCGGACGUUGCAUUGACGACGAGUGCGUCUGCGAUGAGCCGUGGACGGGCUUUGACUGCUCUGAGCUCAUCUGUCCGAACGACUGCUACGACCGGGGGCGCUGCGUUAACGGGACAUGCUUCUGCGAUGACGGCUUCAGCGGAGAAGACUGUGGUGAGCUCACAUGUCCCGGCAACUGCAACAACGCCGGCGUGUGUGUGAACGGACUGUGUGUAUGCCAAACUGGCUACAGCGGGGAGGAUUGCUCCAAGCUCACCUGUCCCCAGAAUUGCAACGAGCGAGGCCAUUGCUUCAACGGGAAGUGUAUCUGUGACCCAGGAUUUGAGGGUGAGGACUGCUCUAUCCUGUCAUGCCCUGAAAACUGCAGCAACAAAGGCCAAUGCAUCAACGGAGAAUGCGUUUGUGAGGAAGGAUACCAAGGUGAGGACUGUAGUGAACGCUCCUGUCCAAACAAUUGCUUAGAUCGUGGACGCUGCAUCAAUGGCCAGUGCUUAUGCGAUAAAGGCUUCACCGGUGAGGACUGCAGCGUCAAGACGUGUCCUAAAGACUGCAUGGAACGUGGGGAGUGUGUGGACGGCACAUGUGUGUGCUUUGUUGGCUUCACGGGUAAAGAUUGCGGUGAGCUGACGUGCCCUAACGACUGUCUGGGACGAGGCCACUGUGUGGAUGGCCAAUGUGUUUGCCACAAAGGUUUCACUGGCGAAGACUGCAGUGAGAAGACGUGUCCUAAAAACUGUCUGGACAGAGGUUACUGCAAUGAUGGCAGCUGUGUGUGCUAUGAAGGCUUCACUGGGCCAGACUGCUCCAUCCUAACUUGCCCAGGGGACUGCCAGAACCAGGGACGCUGUGAAAACGGAAUGUGUGUCUGUGAUGAAGGGUUCAUCGGUGAAGACUGCUCUGAGGUUUCACCUCCGAAGGACCUAACGGUACAAGAGGUCACACCUGAGACAGUGGACCUGUCUUGGCAGAACGAGAUGCUUGUGACAGAGUACCUCAUCACCUACAUUCCCACAGCCCCUGGAGGUCUGGAACUGGAGGUGCGGGUACCCGGGGACCAGAAGAAGGCCACAAUUCGAGAGUUGGAACCUGGCAUCGAGUACCUGAUCAGCGUAUAUGCUAUUCUCAACGACAAAAGAAGCAUUCCUGUUAGCGCGAGGGUGGCAACACACCUUCCUGAGCCGGAGGGACUGAAGUUCAAGGCAGUGAGGGAGACAUCUGUGGAGGUGCAGUGGGACCCGCUGGACAUCCCUUUUGAUGGCUGGAACCUCAUCUUUAGAAAUACUAAAGAGGAGGAUGGUGAGAUUCUAAACUCCCUCGGCCGUCCAGACACCACAUUUGAACAGUCCGGCCUGGGGCCUGGCCAAGAGUACGAAGUCAAACUGGAAGUAGUGAAGAACAAGACACGCGGACCUCCGGCCUCCAAGAGUGUUGUCACAAGAAUUGAUGCCCCCAGCCAGGUGAAUGUACGUGAUGUGACGGACACAACAGCACUGGUGACCUGGUUCCACCCCGUGGCCGAUGUGGAUGGACUUAGCAUAUCUUAUGGGCCUGCCUCCAACCCUGCUGAUCGCAGGGUGGUUGAGCUUUCCUAUGCCGACACACAAUACCACCUUGGAGGCCUCACCCCAGACACCCAGUAUGAGGUGUCUCUGACAGCCCGCAGGGGAGAACGGAGCAGUGUUCCAGUCUACGAGUCAUUCCUCACAGACUUGGAUGCUCCCAGGGACCUGCAGCCGGUGGAGCUGACUGAUGAGAGCAUCACUCUGGAGUGGAAAAACAGUCACGCUCAGGUGGACAACUACCGUAUUAAGUAUGGACCUCUGUCUGGAGGGGAGCAUCGAGAACUGCUGUUCCCCGCCGGAGCCAAAGAUUCCACUAUGGCCAAGAUCAUUGGUCUGAGACCCGGGACGGAGUACGGAAUGGGAGUGACGGCGGUGAAAGGCGAACGUGAGAGUAUGCCCACGACCACCAACGCUGUGACUGCCCUGGAUGCACCCAAGGACCUAACAGUUGCAGAGGUGACAGAGACGACCAUGAUUUUGGAGUGGAGGCGUCCUCUGGCCAAGUUUGACUCCUACCGACUUGUCCAUGUGUCCGCUGAUGGCCAAAGGGCGGAGGAGGUGGUUGCAGGAGGCUCUGAAUCUCAUACCUUUAGAGGCCUGACACCCGGGAUGCUGUACACCAUCAGCAUCAGUGCCGAGAGAGGUCGGAGGACUAGUGCACCUACCACCAUCUCAGCACCAACAGAGGAGGAGAAACCUGUGGUGACGAAUGUCACCAUCAGCGAUGUGUCAUGGGACAGCUUCCUCCUGUCCUGGUCUGCAGAGGAGGGGGGAUUUGAGGCAUUUCUGAUCGAGGUUACUGACGCAGAAACAGGCGCUGAGUGGCAAAAUCAUACGGUGCCCGCCGAUGCUCGCAGCAUUAUCAUCUCUGGCCUCACUCCCACCACCUGGUACAGGGCCGGUCUGUAUGGAGUGUACAGGGGCCUCGUCUUAGACCCUGUCUUUGCAGACACCAUCACAGAGACUGAACCAGAGGUGCAGGCUCUCCUUGUGUCCGACAUCACCCCCGAGAGCUUUAGAUUGGCCUGGGUGGCUGAAGAUGACGCCUUUGACACCUUUGUCAUAAUGCUGAGCCAGGUGGAAAGCCCAGACAAGCCACGAGAGCUGGUGCUGGGCGGUGAAGAGAGAAACACACAAGUGACAGAGCUCAGCGAGGACACAGAGUACAGAAUUGAAGUCUUUGGACUCAUUUUGGGAAGGAGCUCCAAGUCUGUAAUCGAGGGGGUGAGAACAGAUUUGGGGCCACCCAAAGGCAUCCGCUUCUCAGAUGUCACAGACUCAUCUGCUACUACCCACUGGGCAGUUCCAAGAGCCCGGGUGGACAGCUAUCGGGUCACUUAUGUGCCAGCUCAUGGAGGAAACGCCAAAACUCUGACUGUGGACGGGUCCGAGUCACACACGGUGCUGCCCAACCUGAUACCUGGGGUCACGUAUCAGGUCACUGUUGUGGCACUCAAGGGUCAAAGGGAGAGUGAGCCGGGGUCGGACAGCGUCACGACUGCACUGGAUAAACCUCGCGGUCUGACUGCAGUCAACAUCACAGACACUGAAGCGUUGCUUCUUUGGCAGCCCGCCAUCGCUACUGUGGAUGGCUACGUCAUUACCUACAGUGCUGAUUCAGUGGCUCCAGUGAUGGAGCGUGUGUCAGGAAACGUGGUGGAGUUCGCGAUGACCUCUCUGAUACCAGCAACACGUUAUACAGUCAAGGUCUACGCCAUUCGGGAUUUGGCCAAGAGCGCAGUGACUACAACCGAGUUUAUCACCGAUGUGGACGCCCCCCAGGACCUAGCAGCCAGCAACGUACAGACAGAGACGGGCAUGCUGACCUGGAGGCCUCCUCGUGCUGACAUCACCGGGUACAUCCUCAGCUUUGAGUCUGCGGAUGGUGUCAUCCGGGAGGUGGUCCUCAGUCCCACGGCAGUGUCUUACAACAUGGUUCAGCUCAGCGCCUCAACGGAAUACUCAGUCAAGCUGCAGGCCAUCGCUGGUCCCAAGAGAAGCAGAGUCAUCACCACCGUCUUCACCACCACUGGCGUGCUUUACAAAUACCCCAAGGACUGCUCUCAGGCACUGUUAAAUGGUGAAAGCACAUCUGGCCUGUACACCAUCUAUCUGGGCGGUGACGAGAGCCAACCCCUUCAAGUCUACUGUGACAUGAGUUCUGAUGGAGGCGGAUGGAUCGUUUUCCUCAGACGCCAGAGUGGUAGACUGGAGUUUUUCCGCAACUGGAAGAAUUACACAGCCGGCUUUGGAGACAUGAACGAUGAAUUCUGGCUAGGUCUGUCCAACCUGCACAAGUUGACAGCAGGAGGUCAGUAUGAACUGCGAGUGGACCUGAGGGACAAAGGAGAAACAGCCUACGCUCACUACGACAAGUUCUCUGUGUCGGAACCUCGGACCCGCUAUAAAGUCCACGUUGGGGGAUAUAGCGGAACAGCAGGCGAUUCCAUGACCUACCACCAUGGUCGUCCAUUCUCCACGUACGACCACGACAAUGACAUCGCCGUCACCAACUGCGCUCUGUCCUACAAGGGAGCCUUCUGGUACAAAAACUGUCACCGUGUCAACCUCAUGGGCCGAUAUGGCGACAACAGUCACAGCAAGGGCGUGAACUGGUUCCACUGGAAGGGCCACGAGCACUCCAUCGAGUUUGCAGAGAUGAAGAUUAGGCCAUCCAACUUCAGAAACCUGGAGGGACGGAGGAAACGUUCCUAAACGCUGCGCCUAUGACCACCACAACAUUGCUACUAUCCUGUUUGGACUGCCCACAAGCCACCUCAACCCAGACCUAAACCCCGACCCACCAUGCAGCAACCAAAGCCUGCUGUUUCCAUGCAGACCAACACAUCCUAUUGUUCUCUUACAGGCUGCCUCAUCCAGUCCUGCUGCCUGUGCUGACACUGAUAUACAUGUUACUGGACUUCAGUGAAAUGUCAUCACACACCAAAGAGAACAGAACAAUUCCAGGAUUAUCCCCAACAGCGUUUGUCAGGAGGCAUGUGUGUUGACGUGGGCAUUAUGUUAUGUACAGUAGUAACCCAUCUCAAAAGCCAAGUUUGGGUAUUUGACUCGUUAAUAGGGGUGUAACGGUACGCCAUCGUCACAUUUUGGUAUGUUGCUCUGGUUUGCAACUAUGGAAUUUUAGGGUUUCUUUUUGGCACCAUCACUAGCCAUGACCGUACUUCUCAACAUUUGCAUUCUAAAAUAAGGGAAAUGUUCCGGAAAAAUAAGGGAAAAUUCUGAUUUUCUGGUACGCCUCUGGUUCCGUAGCAAAAAAAAAAAAAUCAAUUACGAAUACAAGUACCGUUACAUCCCUAGAAAUGACAAGUUGUUAAUAUACAGGAAAGUAUUUUUGGGGCAUGACACAAUAUUACAGUGAAAAACUUGAUCUGGGUCAGCACAACCGUGACAAAAACAAGAAUAUCACACGGCACAGCAGACAUCCCAGUAAAAAUGACCAUUUGUUUGUCUUUGUGUGACUAAACUCGUCUGUGUCACUUUAUCCUCCCCUGGUUUCCUCACGUCUCUCCCCAUACAACCCCUAAUAGGAUAGACGUCCAAAUGAAAAGAGAAAACACAUCAUAUUGAGUGGAAAUGUAUUUUGACCGAGUCAUGACGCUGUGUCGUGCGGUAAAACACUGAAACAUUUAUAUUACAUGUUUGAUGAAACCAAGGCAGGACCUAUUAUUUAGUAUAUAAUUCAUCAUUUUGUCUUUUCAUACUUCUUGGAAAAAUGUGAAUACGGUAGAUGUAUGUCGAACAAGAGAAUGUGUUACUAAAGAUGCUCGUAAAAACAUAGUAAGGUUACGUUUUUUGAAUGAGCCAACUUCAAAAUGAAUCACUCUUUUCAACGUUCCCUUUUCCCGCCAUGCAGGAUGCUAAACCGCUGAUCUUCAAAAGCCUGUGUAAAUUAAUUUUCUUCUUAUUGAUUUGUUUGUUUAUAACUGGGUAAACAACAGGUGUUUCUCUGUAAACUGUAUUACAAUAAAACUGUUUGU